AUGCUUAAACUAAGACUAUUACCUCGAACAACUGGAAUAAUAAAACGAACAAUGUCUACUCAAGAACAAGACGUUUUAUUUGAGAAUCUCAAUAAUGCAGGCAUUAUUACUCUUAAUCGUCCUAAGGCUCUGAAUUCUCUUAAUACCUCUAUGGUAACAAAACUUUUACAGCAGCUAAGGGAUUGGGAAAAUAACAAAAGCCUGGUGAUUGUGAAAGGCGCAGGUGAAAAGGCUUUCUGUGCUGGUGGGGACGUAAAAUCGGCAAUAGAUAGAGUUGAGGGGCCGAGAUUCUUUCAUACUGAAUAUAAUGUAAAUUAUUUAAUUGGAAAAUAUAAGAUUCCAUACAUAGCAUUUAUAAAUGGGGUAACAAUGGGAGGUGGUGUAGGAGUAUCAGUGCAUGGAAGAUACAGAGUAGCUACAGAGAAGACUGUCGUAGCAAUGCCUGAAACCAAGAUUGGUUUAUUCCCAGAUGUAGGGGCAUCUUAUAUUCUACCAAGGCUACAGGUUAACUUAGGAAUGUAUUUGGGUCUCACAGGAGAUAGAUUAAAAGGCAAAGAUGUUGUCAAGGCUGGUAUUGCCACACAUUUUGUCUCUAGCAAGCGUUUGUAUGAGCUCGAGAAGCUCUUAUCUCGGUGUACCAAUGAUAAUGAAGUCCUGUCAUUACUGAACAAAUUUCAUGAACCAUCAGAAGAGUUUUCUUUAGCGGACAACAUAAAGCAUAUUAAUUACUGCUUUGCGGCAUCUACUGUUGAGGAAAUUAUUGAACGUCUUGAAAAAGUACAAAAUGACUGGUCUUUUAAGAUAAUUCAGACACUUCGUCAGAUGUGUCCAGGAUCCCUGAAAAUAACUCUUCGAGCCCUGCAGCGUGGAGCCCAACUUGAGUUGCCACAGUGUCUGAAAAUGGAGUACCGCCUGGCUUGUCGAGCUACCGAGAACCAUGAUUUCCCUGAAGGUGUCCGCGCUCUGCUAAUAGACAAGGACAACAAACCCAAGUGGCAGCAUUCGUCCCUCUCUGACGUCGAUGAUGAUUACGUCGAAGAUUACUUUAAGAAACUCCCACAAGACAAAGAACUGCAAUUCUUUGACGCCAAACUGUAA